AAUGAGAAAAUAGAGUUUCCCAAUAGAUUUUUGAUUUGAGGUUUUCGGAGAGUUUAAAAAUGAAAGUUUUCUUUACUAUCAUCUUUCUUUUUGGUCUACAAUCCACACAGGGAGAGGUGUUCAGCUCUGUAUCGGAUAUGUCCAGGGUUUUCCAACUCGAACGAGAUUUAGUCGGGGUGCUUCUAGAUUUUGCGCAGAAAACACAAAACAAAUUAAACAAAAUUGCAGGAAACCCGAUCCAUACCUACAACGUGGUGAAGAGGUUGGCCGUGGACUUCGUCAGCUUGGAGAAGGAAAUCAGUUUUGAUGAUUGGAAAGAAAAUAGUUUGCGAGUUGAAAGAUUAAGGCUAGGGGGUGUGGUUCCGAAAGAAAAAGAUCUUCAUGGAGCUGCACAAGCUUUAAUAAGACUACAGGAUGUUUAUGAACUAGAGAUAUCUCACCUAGUCAGGGGUAGGAUAGGAGACAGGGAUACCACAGCUAAACUAACAGCUCAGGAUUGUUUGUUUAUUGGUAAACAUUGUUUUAACGGAGGCAUUCUUUCUCGAAGCAUUGAAUGGUUUGAGGAGGCGUGGUACUUAGCAGGGGAGGAGCAGAAUACAACAGUUACACAGGACAAAGUUUCCAGAAAUUAUGAGGUGGUGGAUAGACAGGGUGAUGAAGAUGACGCGGCAAAUUUCGCUGCUCUGUGCCGGGGAGAGGAGCUCAGAACCGGUUUCUCUGCUCGUCUUUCCUGCAGGCUGGAGCACAGGGGGGAACCAUACUUGUUUCUCAUGCCAGCUCAGUUGGAGCUUGUUCAUGAUAACCCUGAAAUACUGAUGUUCCAUAAUAUCGCGAGCAGAAGCGAGAUACAGGAAAUCAAGGACCUAGGAAACCCGUUGUUGACGAGAUCCCAGGUGCUGGGAGGAAAACAAGGAUUUAAUGAGGUUUCCAGUACAAGAACUAGUAAAACUGGAUGGUUAGACGACAGUACAAAUCCCACAGUCUCGAGACUUGGACGUCGAAUAGAGCUGUUGACUGGACUAAAAACCAACACAUCAAAUGAUGACGCUGAACUUCUUCAGGUUGCUAAUUAUAUGAACGGAGGUCAUUAUAGUCCUCACUUUGAUUAUGUCAUGAAGGAUAAAGCGCCUGAUCAUAUGAUCUACCUGCCCUACUCUAACCAGUAUAUUGGUGACCGGCUUGCUACUUGGAUGUUUUACUUGAACGAGGUUGGUGAGGGUGGAAGGACGGUGUUUCCCCGUCUUAAAGCUGGAGUUAAACCAGAAGCAGGAGCUGCUGUGUUUUGGUAUAAUCUGGUGGGAUCUGGUGAUGCUGAUCAUAGAACACUACAUGGUGCAUGUCCAGUUCUCUACGGCACUAAAUGGGUUGCAAACAAAUGGAUCCGAGAAGGAGCUCAGCUGUUUAGAAAACCUUGUGCAGCAAACAUUAAACAGAAAUCUGUAAAGAAAAUUUAAAAACUGGUUUUAGUCUCAAAAUUAAACCCUGUCUUGAAUCUUCACGGGUGUCCUACAGCAAAUUUUAGCCAAUUUGGUCCAGCCCAAAUAGUUUAUCAA